CUUUCAACUCAAUUCUCCACCUUCGGCCAUUCUCAGGGAAUGAAUGAAUGUAGCACUACUCGAGUGGCCACUGAUAAAUUUCCUGCCGGCGCGUUUUCAAGUGGCAGAUGGAACCCUCCUCUCAAUCUAUUUCAGAAAAUCCUCUUUUUUGACGGCCCCUCUUCCUCGACCACGUCAGAGUUCCUUCGUUGAUAAUGGCGCAGUAUGACAGGAAUGCCGCUGAACAUCGCUGCCGCAAAAUUGUCAGGGGUUACAAAAAAUGGUAUGACAGUUUGAAGGGAGAGAACUACUCCUCAGAUUCUGCGGGCUCCUCAGACUCUGCGGGCUCCUCGAAACCUACGCGCUCAUCUCGUACGAAGCUGGGAUCUACCCCCACAGAACAUGAUCGCGCAUCGUCUCUAGCUGCAAAGCCUGAGAGCAGACGCAAUCGGAGGGUUCGGUUUGAGCCCAUUGAAAGAAGCCAGUCGCCGGAACCGACUCAAUUCAGUCGGAAUGAUCAGACUCAGUCGGUCAGCAGUCAACCGAUCAGGCGGGAGCAGAAGGAAAGGAGCUGGCCGAGUAGACGAAACAGAUCGAUGUCGAGAAAGCGCAAGGAGCAUCGUCAGCAAACUGGUGAUAAACAGUUCCACCCUCGCCACACCAAAUAAGUUCUUGGUGAUGCCGAAAGUCCCAUGAAAGAGAAAAGGGGUGUUAGAAGGAACCGGUGUCAAUAGAUCACAUCUGAAAAAGGGGCAUACUGGGACACAAUAUGAAAAGGCUAGUUUUGAAAUUGCUCUCUAUGACGAUAUUUCAAUCGGCGCUC